ACAAGGCGGAUUUAGACGAUGGGAAACACAGACACCAAGCUUAAUUUUCGUAAAGCUGUUAUACAGUUAACAACAAAGACACAGCCAAUAGAGGCCACUGAUGAGGCAUUUUGGGAACAGUUUUGGUCUGAAAGUGUGACUUGUGUCCAAGAUGUUUUCACAUUAAUCCCCGCUGCAGAGAUCCGAGCUCUGAGAGAAGAAUCUCCAUCAAAUCUUGCCACACUAUGUUACAAGGCUGUGGAAAAGCUUGUAUCUGCUGCAGAAAGUGGUUGUCCUUCCCAGCGAGAACAGCAAACAGUGUUAAACUGUGUGAGACUUUUGACCAGAGUUCUACCUUACAUAUUUGAGGAUCCUGACUGGAGAGGGUUUUUCUGGUCUACUCUUCCUGGACAGUCCGAGGAAGUAGAGAAUGAAAGUCCACCAUUGGCACAAUCCCUGAUAAAUGCUAUGUCUGAUCUAUUAUUCUGCCCAGACUUCACUGUGGCCUCCAGUAGAAAGGCAGGACCAGACAAUCCAGAGGAUAUGCACACUAUUGAUAGCUGUGAGUAUAUCUGGGAGGCUGGUGUUGGGUUUGCUCACUCGCCUACAAGGAAUCAGUACUACGACCAGAACCGAUGUGAAAUCAUCAAACUUCUUCUCACCUGCUUUUCAGAGACUAUGUACCUUCCUCCUGUUGCUGAUGCCCACAGUAACCCUAAUCAAUGGAUCCAGUACUUUUCUUCUACAGAAAAUAGACAUGCCCUGCCCCUCUUUACCUCCCUCCUGAAUAUUGUGUGUGCUUAUGACCCUGUUGGGUACGGCGUACCUUACAACCACCUCAUGUUUAAUGACUCAAGUGAACCUCUGGUGGAAGGGGCUCUACAGGUGCUGUGUGUGACACUAGAGAAUGACUCGUCUUCACAGCCAAAUGUGUCGGUGGAUGGGACGUCUGGGGGCACUGCCAUGGAUCAGCAGAGUGAAACAGGUGGACCUGACAACUUGUUUGUGAACUACCUGUCUAGAAUCCACCGAGAAGAGGACUUUGCUUUUAUCCUGAAAGGGAUUACACGCCUCUUGAACAACCCGUUAAUGCAGACCUAUUUACCGGGGUCAGCCAAGAAAAUCCAGAUCCAUCAGGAACUCCUUGUUCUCUUCUGGAAAAUGUGUGAUAUAAACAAGAAGUUCAUGUUUUAUGUACUGAAGUCCAGUGAUGUGUUGGAUGUUCUUGUCCCUAUACUGUACUACCUGAAUGAUGCCAGGGCUGAUCAAUCUCGUGUUGGAUUGAUGCAUAUUGGUGUAUUCAUCCUACUGCUGUUGAGUGGAGAGAGGAACUUUGGAGUACGACUGAACAAGCCUUACACUGUACGAGUGCCCAUGGACAUCCCAGUGUUUACAGGAACUCAUGCUGACUUCCUCAUCAUAGUUUUUCACAAAAUCAUCACUACUGGCCACCAAAGGUUGCAGCCUCUUUUUGAUUGUCUACUUACUAUCAUUGUAAAUGUAUCACCAUAUCUGAAAACUUUAUCAAUGGUAGCCAGCACAAAGCUUCUGCACUUACUGGAGGCCUUCAGUACCCCCUGGUUCCUGUAUGCUAGUCCCACAAACCACCAUCUUGUUUUCUUCCUGCUGGAAGUCUUCAAUAACAUCAUUCAGUACCAGUUUGAUGGCAACAGUAAUUUGGUCUACACAAUUAUCCGUAAGAGGAAUGUGUUCCAUCAGCUUGCCAACCUGCCCACAGAACACUCGGCCAUAGCUAAGGCUCUCACUAAAAGGGGAAAGAAAUUCACCCAACUGACCCCUGACACAAAGGAAGAGCUGCCACUAAUGGAGGGCUCUAUACCUGCUACAGAAGCUGAGCCGGGCACUCUCAAGACCUCCCUCGCUGCUACACCCCGUAUAGACAAGAUGACAGAAAGGGCAGCCCCAGAUGAAUGUAAUGCUGACCCCACCUUAAAGGAACUGGCCACGUCCAGCGGAACACACAAUGUCCAGCCCCCUAAUGAGAUCCAGGACCCCACUGACGGAGAGACUGAGGAAGGAGCUGAAGGCACAGAGAAACCAAAGAUGACAAGGACCAAAAGCUUGCCCAGCACCCAAGCCAGUCCCACCCACUCCAUGACAGGGUCAGAUGCAGGGGGUCGAGCCCCUAUGGUAAGGACAGCCUCCACGUCCAGCCCAGGGGCCUGGGUAGCAACACCGGACUGGGUGAUGUCAUGGAAACAGAAGUUACCUCUACAGACAAUAAUGAGGAUGUUACAGGUGUUGGUGCCACAGGUGGAGAAGAUUUGUAUAGACAAAGGUCUGACAGAUGAGAGUGAGAUCCUGAAGUUCCUUCAGCAUGGUACAUUGGUAGGCCUGCUGCCUGUACCUCAUCCCAUCCUGAUACGGAAGUACCAGGCUAACAGUGGUACCACCAUGUGGUUCCGUACCUACCUGUGGGGCGUUAUAUAUCUUAGGAAUGUGGACCCACCAGUAUGGUAUGACACCAAUGUGAAGUUGUUCGAAAUCCAGAGAGUGUGAGACUUCACACAGAACAAAACAGUAGUACACCCAGGAGACUUACUGUAUACACAAUAUCCAUCUUCCUGUGCAGAGUAUUGAAAUAUUUUGUGAAAUUAUCCACUGUAGAAGUGAUAGUUUCUUUACUCUUCUAUUGUCACUUGGCUUUUUAAAGCUUUCAACUGUUUUCGUUUUGUUUAUAUAGUCUAUUUCAAUGUCAACUCGGAGCAAAACACCUAAAUGAAUACAAGUACAUGUACAAUGUUAUGGAUUAUAUAUACAAAUAGAAACCAGUGAGAUGCUUAGAUGUGCCAUUUGUGGAAUGUCUUGAUAUCAUGGACAUUGUCUUUUUUAAUCCAGUGUAUAGUCUAAUGGUUAUUAAGUAAUUGUAAAGACAUUUUAUUAUGUAGAAUUAUAUGAUAACAAGAAGGCAAAAGAGGGAUGAAGUAAUUUUUAAUUGCACCAUGUUAUACGACUGAUUGGUACAGUUUCAAUAUUUCUUAAAUGAUUAUUUAUUUGAGAUGAGUCAGAGUGAACAGAUUGUCUCUAGCGAUGUUAAGAUAGGUGUGAACAGAUUGUCUCUGGCGAUGUUAAGAUAGGUGUGAACAGAUUGUCUCUGGCGAUGUUAAGAUAGGUGUGAACAGAUUGUCUCUAGCGAUGUUAAGAUAGGUGUGAACAGAUUGUCUCUAGCGAUGUUAAGAUAGGUGUGAACAGAUUGUCUCUGGCGAUGUUAAGAUAGGUGUGAACAGAUUGUCUCUGGCGAUGUUAAGAUAGGUGUGAACAGAUUGUCUCUAGCGAUGUUAAGAUAGGUGUGAACAGAUUGUCUCUAGCGAUGUUAAGAUAGGUGUGAACAGAUUGUCUCUAGCGAUGUUAAGAUAGGUGUGAACAGAUUGUCUCUGGCGAUGUUAAGAUAGGUGUGAGAAGAAUAGGUUUUUUUGUUGUCACUCUUGAUACAAGCAUAGUUUAGGCACAGAAAACUCUACGCAUACAUAUUUUACACAAACUAAAAUAUUCUGAAGAUGAAGACAUAUUGAAAUUUUUGUGAUUGGAUGCCCAGACAGAUUGACUCCGAUCGUACUGGUAGCUGUAUAUUUAUACUAGAAAAUUGUUAUUUUGAUGUGAACCACUUGUAGAUGUGGACCUUUGAUCAUGAUAUGUGUUUAGGGCAACUGUUUUGUUUUAACUGUUGUGUCUGUAUGCCAAAGUGUUGCUGUGGAGCUGAAUCUAAGGCUUCCUGGUCUUACAAGGAACAAUAUCAAUCACACACAGUACCUUUAUGAUGUUUGAUGUAUUGAUUCAUUUAACCCCCAAGUUGACACCCAUCAGAAUCAAAAUAAUCAAGAGUUAAAAUGGGGUUUCUUUUAUAAAAGAGUUGUCUUUCUUCUGAUCUACAGAUACAGUAUGUAUCAACGUACCUUCAGACUAGCUUCUCCCCAGUGCGUUAACCAGUGGUCAUAAAUACAGACUGUUGUCUUUGUGAAGGUCAGCCUAAUAUUGCACCGAUUCCUGGUAAAAAAAGUUUUUCACAACUUCUUAAUUUGUGGUUCAUCUUGAUUUUAUUGUGUUUGAAUUUGGUUGCUGAGUUAAACAUUACUCAGAUGAAAACACAUCAAAAGAGCAUUUUUCACAAAUGGUUAAUGAGUUCACCGAGUGAACCUAUGGCUCACUUAGAAAAUAUCCGUAGCAUUAGACCAAGGUAGGGUUGUGGUAUAUCAGAAAUUAUCUCACUUUGUAGACUUUCGACUGUUAGUUUUAAUAGGUUUUACUGUUGUUCUGUACUGUCUUGUCUACUGGUUUUUAACCUGAUCCUGUUUCUAGAAUGUAUUAGGCAUUAACUUUGUGUUUCUCAUUUUAACUCAAAAGAUGGUAAAGUCAUAUAGUGUAUUAGAUUCUAAUUGUAAAUAGUCUCAUUAACAUAUAAUAACACAAAUCUCACUUAUUUUCAAAAGUGUGAAGUUUAUAAUUUAAUCUGCAUUUAUCAGGAUUAAUAAGUACAUGAAAAAUUCCACUUAUUGAGUUAUGAGAGGCAAGCAAGUAAUUUUGUCUUUCACCAGAACUUAGUUGGCCAAAUGGUAUGAAAAACACAAACACUUUUCUGUGGUCUCAGCAGUGUGUGUUGGGAAAAUCCUACAAUCUGCCAACUCAUCAACACUGGUACGUAUUGAUUCUGUAACGCAAAAAUGAUUAAUGAUUGACAGUGAAUCUGAUUUCUGUAAAAUGCAUGAAAUCUAUUUAUAGAUUGAUUGUAUGUAUGUUUUUUUGUAGUUUUUUGAAAAGAGUGCUUUGAAAUUUAUGUCCGCAGUUUGUUAAGAUGCCGAGACAGCAAAUGGCUUGCAGGUAGUAUUUGUCACAGUCAGGAGAACAUGUGGCAAAAGCUGGUGGUUGAAGUAAAAUUUUGACCAUUCUUUAGCAGACAUUGUAUCUAUGGUACCUUAUUUUCUUAGUCUAUCUUCCUCACAAAGUCGAACAGUUCAGACACACCACUGUAUAAUACAUCUUCUCUAUUGUGUUAGGUCAUUCUGCCAAAGGAAUUGGAAUUAUCUCACAGGUGUAUGUGUGACAUGUCCUGAAAAAAAAUAGGUACAAAGAAAGGACAUUUUAAAAACAAUAGAAGUCUUCAUGCAUCUUCAGGCUUGUCACUUCCUUUCCAGACGAUUAGCUGAUCAUGUAUCAUGUUCCAUAUUUACAUUCCAUUCCUAUCACUUUCUUGGAUAAAGAAGUCAUGAGAAGUGUGAUUCACUGGCCCAGGUGUGUGGGCAUCUGAUUUUGACAUAAUAUAUUUAUAGUUAUCUCAGUGUUGUGUAUCUGGAGUAUUUAUCUCAUUUUUGUCUGUUCUGUUUUCUUAAUUUUUCAAACAAAUUCUUUGUGAGUUUUGAGUUUUAACUUUUUUUAAUUCUUUACAUUUUUACUACUCAUUUGUUGAGAGUUUGAAAGCUCUAUGUUGUAUCAGAGAUAUAUGUUUGUGAUUCAUUUCAUCUUGUUUAAUAUCAGAGACAAUAUCCUUUAUUUAUGUUUCUUUUACGAAAUCCUUGAAAAAUUAGUUCCAUUGGUGAUUUACUACAAUGUAACACAUCCUGUUGUUGAUUGUAGACAAGAUGUAGUAUUUACAAGAUCUACAAGUUUGUGUAUAGUCGUGGAAAAAAUUGAAAUUAAUGUUGAUUUCUAGAUAGAAAACUUUUUGAUUUGUGAUGAUUAAGUCUCCUUGAUUGUCCUAAAGCCUUGCCAGGGUCUUUGAUACUUUAAUGUUACAGUCAAAGUUGAGAAAACCUAAAUAUUUGGUUGAAAUAAUUACAGAUAGGAAAUGGAAUAAGUUUUUGUAACACUACCAGAAGAUAAGUGUGACAUGUUGAUGACUACACAGACACCUUCAUCAGACAAUUGACCAGUGUGACAUACAUAAUGUAUGAGAUGGUAAGGAACUGACCAAGUUUUCAAUACUUGGUUUAAAUAAAAGGAUAGGAACUAUUUUCCCUGUGUUUUGAUGAUCUUUAGUGGUACUUUUCUUACCGACUGUAAUAAUGAGAAUUUCCUGUCUAAAAAUUGUGGAUUGAAAAUUCCCAACAAAAUUUCAAUUAUCAGGUGAGCAAUAUCUACAACAGUGAAUGGUUAAUCCUGACCCAUUGAUCUUACAGGAUCUCCUUUUUAACGCUGUUAGAACUCUUGAAAAUCCUAUAUUAUACUGUUUAUAAUCAAUUUGUUAUGAAUCACGUGUAGUUAUGACUGUGUUAUCUACCUUUAAAGAGGACAAGGUGCAAUCAACAGUAACUAGUUGUUGCCAAUUAUUGAGGGAAUUUAUAUAAAGUUUAUUUAUCUUGGUGAAACAGUGACUGUUAUGUUGUACAAUAUAUGUGUUAUGUACAGUAAAUAAUGCUGCAAUGACAAAAA